GCCGCAAUACGAUAAUGAGCGGUAGUGCGACGAGUACUAUUAUUAGAAGAAGAACAAAGUACAAGUAGAAUGCAUCGUACGACGUCAAAAUUUAGAUAUUAGGCUUUACGCAGACCGCCUUCGUGGUGUUGCCUGCAAAGUCAUUUCGUGAAAUAAAGCUAUCGUUGUUUAUAUAGAAGUCAUCAUCAUCUUCGUGGAAAAAGGCACCAGCAAUGAUGUUCUUGCGUUGCUUUCUCGUUCAAUAUCUGGCGUCGUCUACUGUGCUUGCGGGGUCGCUUACCCUUGACGCGGAUGACAUUCAGUUGCGCGAAGGCGAAGACGUCAACGCGGCGGUGGAGCGCGUAAUGCAGAAAAUAAUGACGGACUCCGAGCAAAAUCGGCACAAGAAAUUGCAUGCGCGGGUUCAACAACAGAAAGCGGCAGACCGCUACAAAGACCCGCUCUCGCCGGAAGAGAGCGAAUACUUCGUCAAUUACGAGGCUACGGGAGUACAUCGCGACAUGAUCCUCGACCGCCACCGCACGGGUCAGUACAAGCUCGCCAUAGAGGCUGCCGUAGCUGCCCGUCGCAGAGAACAAGGCCUUGCGGCCCUUGUAUCCUCUACAACCGAUGUUGAACUGGAAGACUCUACCAAUAAGAAAGCAAAGGAUGCCACUGUUACCGAAAUGCCGGACGUUCCGAUGCGAAAGACUACGAGCACUUAUGGUAAGCUCAUAUUCGUCUCUCUCCGCACCUUUUCGGUAUCCUUUUGUUCCUAUAUAGAUACAUACAAAGAAAAAAGUACCGAAGUGAGUGGACCGGGAGGACUUUCACCACACUCUAAGUCACAGAGUCUAGCUCAGAAGAUCAGAUGGAAGAAGAGGAGGAUGGAAGCGAAGACGAGGACACGAUGAGCAGUGAAGAUGCUAGUACGGCAAUCGUAAAUGGACCCAUCGUGGUAGAUUUCGGCUGCGGAACAGGAAUACUCAGUAUCUUUGCAGCACGCGCCGGGGCAGGGCGCGUUUACUGUGUGGAAAAAAGUAGAAUGCGUGCGAAGGCUAAGCGCGUGAUUCGGAAGAAUGGGUACAUCAAAAAUUGAAUCAUGUUCAUUACAUCCGUGUUAGUGUUUUCUAGGCGCACUGGCGGAGCCGUUUCGCAUUGCCGGUAGUUCAGGAAAACUUUGAGAGAUGGGAUAAUGAUGAUUUAUCCUAAGUCUACCACCAUGUUAUUGCUAUCUACUUGUCGAUGAUUUAGUGUUGGGGGCUUGCUCCUUGCUGCUGCAAAGUAACAAAAAUCCGUCCCUUUAAUAAAAGGCUCGCUGACCGGAUCAAAGUAGUGUCGUCUAUGGAGAAGGUGCCUGCUGGUGUCGCUGACAUAUUGGUUUCGGAGUUUAUGGGAUUCAUGAUCCUUGCUGAGGACAUGCUGGGCGAUUUUCUCACCGCAAGGGACCGCGUACUCAAGGAUGAAGGAACGCUUAUCCCGUCUCGCGGAGCCGUGUGGGCCCAGCCGGCAGCAGAUCCCGUCUGGUGGCAACAAAACGUAAACUGGCCAGCUAGUAUGAGAGCUGCAUAAUAUGUUUAACUGAUAGCAAUGUAGAUGAAAGAAUCUUUCAUCUUGUCGCGUUUGACUUAAAUAUCUUUUUCUGUGCGUUUCGCGUAUAAGCCCUGCUCAGGAUUUACUUUUCUUCAUCGUCGACAACGAGUAUGGUAUCGAUUUUUCACCGGUGGUGGAGGACCGCAGAAAUGAUACAAGUCCCGCACGGUUCGGCCAUUUUGGAAUAUUUCAAAACCAGAAACUUCUCGGCGAAAGAAAAGCGGUAUCGUAUUACACUAGUGCCGUCGUCCACACUUGUUGUGAAAGUGGCUACCUUGAUGUUAAAAAAACUUUAUGAUUCAACGAAUUGCAUAGAGUAAGGUAUUAGCUGAUUGUUUUUGGUCCGCACAGGGAGAUCUCACUUAUGUGUCAACAACUCUCUUUCCGUUCUGCGAAUUUCAGAAAGAGUCACUUUUGAGACGACGACACUGAAUCAUAUCAGAUUUGCGACCUUGACUUUGAGUCGGACAAGUACGACGAAGACUGGCAAUGCGGACAUUCGUCGAAACGGCCUCACCGGUGGCAGGAAAUAGCAGACAACUGGCAUGGAUUCCUUAUCAGCUGGUAUGUGCAUUUGUACGACGAUAUCUACCUAAGCACGCAUCCGCAGGGCGGUGUCUCUGACGACUACUCUGUGGACGACUCUCGGGGAGAUGCAACACAGAUUAAGGCUCAGAAAAUUUUCAGUUUUUCCAUCAAGGGAACGGGAGCGUCUCUAGCAACAACCUUCACUAUUCGACUAAAAAAAUGACCAGCGAUGCGAAGAAGUCUGGGCUUGGACAAGCUCUAAUGUAGAAAUGAGUGCAAGCGGAAGAGCAAAGGCAUCACCUUCGAAAAAGGGGGUGAGCGCGGAGUCAGCUGCGUGGAGUCAUUGGGGGCACUUAUUUUGGCCGCGCCCCCUAGACUCCCACGUCGGAAGCGGGAGCGUUGCGCACAAGUUGGAGCUGGGCGCAUUUUUAACGCGCGCCAAGGUGUACAAGCACGAUUUCACAUAUGGCACGAAAUUCAUCAGUACUCAUCGUACUCAAGAACCAAAGAUGAAGGCUUCCGUGAUGAUGGGGCAUGACGAUCUAAGGAGCACACGAUUUCCGCAGAAUGCACUCGUCACUCAGCUCACUUAGAUUUAUCCCCUGAAGAUCAUGUAGGAUUCUUUAUUACCACCUCUGCAAAGACAAAGUAUGAGUAAGGAAAAUUGUCUCUUCAUAUCGUCCUGCGCUAUCGCUACGCCGGGGAGUCGGGGGUCGGCGAACGCGUUCUCAGGGAGCCAGAGCUAACCGCAGACCUGUUGUCCAUGGAGGACGCAACUCAGACGAAGCGUCUCUACACGGCGAUGCUCGCUUCAAAACAAAAACAAGCGCAGCACGAGCGCCACAAACAAAAACGCCAUACAAAGGGGACCUCGAAGAACAGGAAAACCACAUCUUCUACCUCUAAAAAUGAGAAUAGUAGGUCCAACAAGCGGUCUGGCGGCACGACAGCCACCGGUGAACUCUGAGAAGUGCGAUGAAUUCUUCUCGCUCUGGUUGGGUGUGACUACUUCAACCUCCGCUACUUCAAUUUCCAGCAAUUUCGACAUGAUACGAAUCUUUGAUUUUGGUAUGCUUUAUAGGAAUGAUCCCCUUUCUGAUAAUGAUACUCGAGUUGACAAGAGUUUCCGGAUGCAAAAGUGAAAAAUGCUGGUUUAGAAACUAAGUACAGAGAUACGUUUAAAACGUUGCAGUAUGCGAGAUUUAG